AUUUUAAUUUAUGCUAGCUUUCAAGUUCAACUGUCAGCUGUCAAACUGUCAAAAUGUUUCACAGUAUUUUUUAGUUCAGUUAAACAGUUGGUGGAUUUAUGGUUGAACGUGUAAACACAGUCGUGAUCCUAAAUAGUUUGCUUUCGUUCCAUAUUCUUUUCUUUUAACUUACCUGUUUGCAUUUUCUCUCCUUUUUCUUUCAGCAAUUUUUGACGAGUGCAGGCGACAGAAAUCAGCGAAUGCAGAGAGCUGUCGAACAUGUGUUUUCUCCCGUUGUGGACGGUGCCAUGUCGACCUUACUCGGUGUCAUUAUGCUUGCGGGGUCAGACUUCGAUUUUAUCGUCAGGUAUUUCUUUCAUCUGCUGGCUGCACUGAUUGUGAUUGGAACUGUAAAUGGUCUUGUGUUUUUGCCAGUGCUGUUGUCUCUCGCUGGGCCUGGACCCGAGGUUGAAGAAAUGCUUCCUCCAGGAACAGCCUCUUCUGCCGGGUCAAACAGAGAAUUGUUUCCCAGCUCUACUUGUAGACAGAGAACCCCUCCUGCGGAUUCCGAGGUUUGUAUCCUGGAGAGAAUCGCCAGAGAAGAGGAAAGGUCAUCUGGUUCCGGGAGGAGACGUACUCGCCAUAAGAGGGGUCCUCACAAGAGUAACAGCCGGAGUAACAGACGUGCAAAUCGAAGCAGGUCUCCCCCGGUCGAUUCGGAUUCGUCAAGUUCGACCGUGACUCGGGUAACGGCUCGUGCUACGGUCACGGUCGAAGUGCAUACCGAACAAGUCUCCACCGAAAGAGCGGCGUAUCAGAAUUUCCGAGGUGGAGCACAAGUUGGGCCGAUUCAUAACCAAGGGGAGAUAGACGAGGAGGAUUUGCACGUCACGAAUUUGGAGUGCGAUGGCAUAAGAAGAUAGGACAGUGAAACGUCGACUGUUUCCUGACAGUCAUCCAGUGGAAAAUGACGCCUAAAGGUCAAGUAGAGGUACGCGCGAGACGUGCGCGCGAGGGCGCAGAGCGCGCGUGACAUGAGUAACCUGCGUGUUUCCUCGCGAGUUAGUAACAUGGUUACUAUCAAGGACGGAGAAAAGUAAUGGGAAAACGCUCAGUUAUUCAUGAGGUGUUACUUUUGUACAGGAAAAAAAACCCAGUAAAACCGGAUUUUACUGGAUACAGUACUUCUAAACUGUUUACGGACGACAACAGUCUGGUUUGACGUUGUGCAUCUCCAUUCUAAUUUAGAAUCGAAUACGAGGAAUAUUCGAAUUAUUUAUAUCAGUGUACAAAGUUCGAUGUAAUUAUCCAGUUACCAGCCGGCUUGGCCCAUGUUACGUAACACAGUAAACCAGUGUAGAGUUAUUAGGUAAGGGGUUUUAUCACUCUAUUUAUAGUAGGAAAGUAGAAAAGAAGCGGUCUUGGUCGCUGCUCAAGCUACUUUUCGAUUAGAUGUUGGGGGAAAUAGCGCCCUGUUAAUUGGCUACUUUGAUGAUAUUCGUCAGUUGUUAAUUCACUUAAGCACGAGCUCGUAUUUUAACUGUUUCACUCCCAAAGUACUGAAAUGCUCGAGUCUUUGAGUGAGGUUCUGCCUUCUUCGUCUUUAGACGAAACUAGAGUGUAAUCAAUGAAACGAAAGCCAACUAGGGGUACAGUUUGGGUUUAAGUUUUGAGUGUGUAGAUGAAACCCUAGUGUGUGACCAUUCAAAUGAAAGCUAUUGAGCAGUACUUUCAUGUUGAAUUUUCCACCCUUUGGAUGAAACGCCAGUGUGUGGGUAUUCGAGUGAGAUGUAUUAUUUUUGGCAGUGCUGUUUGUUUUGCUGUACAAGGUUGAUGUUGGGAGUGAAACGGUUAAAGAGUUUGGCUCUAUAGCAAAGGGUUCGUGGAAUGAGGUCUUUUAAUGAUCCAAUAAUAGCGAUUCGCCGAGAGAACUGAGCCUGCCAUUUUCAAGAGCGGGGUUGCUAAGCAACAUGGCGUAUCUUAUGACGUCAUGUUUGACAGCUCGGAAGUUUCGUGCUGUGUGAGAAUCAGAAAAUUUUCAGUUGCUGCAAGACUCAGUGUUUGUUUUGUUCGUGCUGGUGUUUCACUGUUAAUCGAAGUACCUUAUGAGGGUAAUUAAGGCUCGAUCUAAAGUUUUGUUUAGCAUAUUUAGAAUGAAGAUUGGAAUAGUCUGCGGUGUGCAUUUAACAGUUCGGCUUGGGUCUGCAAUGUUUUUGGGCUGUCUGUCUGCCCGCUUCCCCUGCCCUCGCCUCCCCCCCCCCCCCUCCCC